CAUUUUGUCGGUAUAACAGAUUUCCUAAUUCUGAAUAAUGGAAACUUUAACGAUUAAUAUCUCGUUUCGCGGGGCAGAGCGACGCUUUUUUCUAUCAGAUUCUUUCGUGUUGUGCAAAAACGCGUCGAAUGAGUCUAUGUUUAUCAAAAUCAGAGGUGUGGCACCUAAACAUUUACCGUCUUUUAUUUUAUUUACGUCUUUUACCGAGUAAUUUAAAAUUAUUUUCAAUAAAUAAUGCACCCUAACCUAUAUCGAUUCAUUAUAUACUAAAGCCAAAAAAAGGAAAAAAAAAAAAAAAAAGUGAACAAAGAAUAAAAAGACACUGUUUAUAUGAACAAAUUUGUCAUCAAAUAAUUAUGGUGAUUCAUCCGCUCAGUAUCAUUUUAGUAAAAAGUGAUAGCAAAGGUGACAGAUUGUUAUUCCGAUAUCCACAUAUGACUAAUAAUAUAAGGGAUUCCACUCAAUGUACCAAACGAAAAAAUCCUUAUUCAUUGAUCAAUACUGAAGACUUAUUACAGUCUUUGCCAUUUCCAACGUCAAACGUGAGUAAUGGAAACUUAACUGGUUUAACAGACGAGGUUCUGUCUACUUUAUUUGCUGUAAAACCAGAAUUGUGUGAACAAAAGUUUGAAUUGAAAGUAAAUGACGUUCGCUUCGUUGGACAUCCGACUCCUGUCCUUUCCCGUAGCUUCAAGGAAGUGAAUUCUUCUAUGCUUUUCAAUAUAGUUUUCGCAUUGCAAGCCCAAGCGAGUCAUUCCAUAGUGAGAUGUUAUUAUGAUCUGAGCAAAAGGUAAAUAUCACUUCUACAUAUGUAUCAUGAUAUUUAUAGUAUUGUAACAAUUUUUCUAUUUCUAU